CGGACGCUCCGUGAUCUCGUCGUUUCUCGACGCGAUGUGGAAUUAUGUGCUGGUCUCGGCUCUCGUGUUACUCGUGUCGUUGCUUUAUCAUUGUUACUUCAACAGGCCGAUCAGCAUUAUCGACUACCCCAAUCAGCAUUACGAUUAUAUAGUCGUUGGCGCUGGGACCGCUGGUUGCGUGGUUGCAUCGCGAUUAUCCGAGAUUUCGAACGUCUCUGUGCUAUUGGUCGAGGCGGGCGGUUACUUUGGAUGGGUGUCGUCAGUACCAAUUUUGGCGCCAAUGCUGCAGAAGACCGAAGUCGACUGGGCCUACACGAUGGAACCGCAAAAGCACUCAUCGAGAGGAUUCGGGAACCAUGUGCAAACAGCGCCACGUGGCAAAGGAUUGGGCGGAAGCGGUCAAAUGAAUUAUCUGGUUCACUCCUUCGGGAGACCGGAGGAUUAUAAUGAAUGGCCCAAGGGAUGGUCUCACGCCGAUUUGCUUCCAUACUUCAAGAAGGUGGCCGAUAUUAUGAACGUGAUGUCCAGCCCGGAAGAGGAGUAUCUCACCGACGCGUUUCUAAUGGCGGACGAGUCGCCAAAUUUGAGUAACACGACUCUGCUGAGAGGCAUGUACACUAUCAAAAGUGGAUCACGAUGGGCCACGUUUCACGCGUACUUGCAGAACGCUUGGAACAGAAGGAAUUUACACAUCUUGACGAACGCGCUGGUCUCCAAAAUAUACUUAAAAAAGGACGCGACCGUGGACGGAAUUAAGGUGAUUUACAAAGAUGGAUCGGUGGGAAAAAUUCUUGCGAAAAAGGAGGUGAUUCUUUGCGCGGGCGUUAUCAAUACCCCUCAAUUGCUUUUGCUCUCGGGGAUAGGGUCGAGCGAAGAUCUCGACAAAUUUCAGAUACGAACGGUGAGCAACGUUCCGGAAGUGGGCAAGAAUCUCUUUGAUCAUCUUCUCAUUCCGCUCUACGUGAAUCUCAAGGCAAGAGUGAGCAUAACUUUAGUAAAAUUGCAGACGCUUCCCGAGGUACUCAACUACUUCGUGUUUGGAAGAGGGUGGUAUGCAACGAACGCUGUGAUGGGGAUCGGCCGUGCAAAUAACAGCGGUGUGAUGCUGUUCGGGGUGGGUUCUACGGAAGAAAGAAUAUUAAAAUCCUUGUCCAACUAUAAAACCGAGUCUUACAGAUCGUUUUAUCCGUCCUACAACAACAAUACUCGCGAGGGUUUCUUGUACUUGUCGUACUGUUUGCAACCGAAGAGUCGCGGAAGCGUUUCGUUGAGAUCCGCCAAUAUUCGCCAUCAACCUAGGAUCGAUCCAGCGUAUCUUAAACACGACGACGACGUUCUGUGCACCCACGAGGCUAUAAACUUCGCGAUCGAAACGCUCGACACGAAGAAAUUCCGCGAGUACGGCGCGGAGGUUCACCAUCCUGAUUUGGAAGAAUGUCGUCACCUACCGCAGGAUUACCGUGACAUCGAGUACACAGAGUGCGUGAUUAGGGUCGGUGGCCUCACCAGUUACCAUUUAUGUGGCUCCUGCAGGAUGGGAGCCGACGAUCGAGCAGUCGUCGACGAGCAAUUACGCGUGAGAGGCGUCAAUGGUCUAAGAAUAAUGGAUGCCAGCGUAAUACCGUCCCCAAUUUCCGGUAAUCCAAAUUCCGUUCUUAUCGCCAUGGCGGAACGAACAAUCGACUUGAUCAUAAAUCGGACGAUCGACUAA